AUGGUUUCCGCGUCCGGACCCAUAUCCACAGGGAUCCUAGCGGGACGCCCUUCUGGAUCGCAGGGCCCGUGGCAAAAUGGUGACGCGGAGGGCGAGAAGGAGCGUAGGGCGGCGGAACGCGACAAAAUCCGCCACGAGUCAGAUCUAUACGUCAGGCCCAGCUGGACGGACGCCGCGAUAGCGUUGGAUCAGCUCGAGAAGGGGAAGGCGGAUGGCCAGAGGUCAGUGGUGUGGCUCAGGGCGCGAUUACAGGAUCAGCUGAGCCAGUUGGGCUACUUCCUGCAGAGGCAUGCCGGAAAGGUGCUCUUCGUGUCCGUUCUCGCGCUGGCGAUCCUCUGCGUUGCCCUCAAGUCCGCGCAAGUCAACAGCAAGGUCGAGCAACUGUGGGUGCAAGAAGGUGGUAGGUUACAAAGGGAGCUAACCUACGCGAUAGAGGUGCUCGGCGAGGCAACCACCUCGACGCAUCAGCUCGUUAUUCAGACACCAAAGCAUUCCGGAGCAAAUAUCCUGUACGCAGACGCACUCAAGAAACACUUGACGGUACUGGAGGCCGCGAUGAAUGUGGAGGUGCACCUGUUCGAUAUCACGUGGAAGCUGAAGGACUUGUGUUACGCGCCGAGCAUACCCAACUUCGACAUGCACUACAUCGACCAGAUCUUCGAAAGUAUUAUUCCUUGCUCCAUUAUUACACCACUCGACUGUUUCUGGGAGGGUAGUAAACUUUUGGGUCCGGAAUUUCCCGUUCACAUACCUGGUGUAAAGAGCAACAAACGCGUCAAGUGGACGAAUUUGAAUCCUUCCACAUUGUUGGACGAGAUAAAGGGGUUUCUGAUUUCGUUUCCCUUUAAAACACUCGAGGACUACAUGAAGAGGGCUGGAAUAACGAACGGCUAUCAGAGCAAACCAUGCCUGGAUCCGCUGGAUCCAGAAUGCCCGGAAACCGCACCUAACAAAAAAUCGCAAAAGGUACCUGAUGUAGGAGCCGAACUGACAGGUGGCUGCUAUGGGUUCGCGGCCAAAUACAUGCAUUGGCCGGAGGAGCUGAUAGUCGGCGGCGCCAAACAUAACAAGACGGGUCAUUUGACUCGCGCGGCCGCGUUACAAACUGUAGUGCAAUUGAUGGGCGAACGUGAGCUAUACGAAUUCCUGGCGAACACCUACAGAGUCCAUCAUAUCGAUUGGACGCAGGAAAAGGCGGCUAAGGUUCUAGAGACUUGGCAAAGAAUGUUCAGCAACGAGGUGAAAAGGCGGGGAGAAAUGGACGGGUCAGCGCUGUAUAAUUUAUACGCUUUCAGUACGACAACCAUGAAUGACAUCCUUAGGACGUACAGCAAGGUGUCCAUCGGAAAAAUCGUAACCGGUGGCAUGAUUAUGUUGCUAUAUGCCGCUGUAACCCUCUAUCGUUGGAAAGAUACGGUGCGUUCGCAAGCCGGAGUGGGAAUGGCCGGAGUGAUGCUGAUUUGCGCUACAGUAGCCGCAGGAUUGGGUUUCUGCGCUCUUCUAGGAAUUCCAUUUAAUGCCACCACCACGCAAAUAGUGCCAUUUCUUGCCCUCGGUCUGGGUGUACAUGAUAUGUUCCUGAUGACGCAUACGUAUGCCGAAUUGUCGAUAAACGAAGUGCCUAGCAGUGAGCAAACGGGAGUCGUUCUCAAGCGAAUUGGUCUGUCAGUGUUAUUGACAGGCCUCACCAAUGUUGCAACCUUCUUCGCAGCGGCGAUAAUCCCCAUUCCGGCUCUUCGAACGUUCUGCAUGCAAGCUGCUAUUGUACUCUUGUUCAAUCUGGCCGCUAUGCUACUGAUAUUCCCCGCAAUGGUCAGUCUGGAUCUACGACGUAGGCGUUCUGGCAGGAGGGACAUUCUCUGCUGUUGCUUACCGGCGUUACCUAAUCGCAAAAAGAAUAGGUAUUCCGUGAGGUACAACAACACGGUCAAGCAGACAGUCACCAGGGCGAUACCGCCUGAGAGACGAGAAACCUGCACGCAGAUCUUAACACCGCAAAAUGCGCAGAACGAAUCCUGGAUAGGUGGAAAUAUUAUCGAUGUGGAUAAACAGUGCACUGAGGAGGACGCGCUGACCGGAUGUUCGCAAGAUGAUUGUUUGAACUUCUCUCUGACGCAAUUUGUGUCUCAGCAUUACGCAUCCUUUAUCACUCGACGGACUACCAAAGUGUUCGGCGUAAUGUUCCUGAUUAUUAUGGUGGGUGGUGGCUUGUUUGGGGCGGUACGCUUACGUGACGGCUUGGAUUUAACCGAUUUGGUGCCGCAGAACUCGAAUGAGCAUGCAUUCCUAUCUGCUCAGGCCAAGCAUUUCGGCUUCUACAGUAUGUACGCGAUCACCGGCCGAGAUUUCGAAUAUCCGACUAAUCAACGAUUAUUACAUGAAUAUCAUGACGCUUUCAUGCGGAUCAAAAACGUUAUCAAGAAUGACAAUGGUGGUCUCCCUGAAUUCUGGCUUGGUUUGUUCCGUGAUUGGUUAAAGGGUCUGCAGACGGUGUUUGACAAGGACUACAAGAACGGCUGCAUCACCCAAGAGAGAUGGUUCCCAAACGCAAGCGACGAAGCGAUUUUGGCGUAUAAGCUGCUUGUACAGACCGGUCAUGUGGACAAUCCAAUCGACAAGACAUUGAUUACUCAAGUGCGACUGGUCGAUUCAGAAGGUAUCAUUAAUCCACGAGCUUUCUACAAUUAUCUGAGUGCAUGGGCGUCCAAUGACGCGCUUGCCUACGGUGCUUCGCAAGCGAAUCUGAGGCCCGAACCGCGCCAAUGGGUCUACAGUAAUGACCAUGAGCUCAAGAUCCCUAAGAGCAUGCCGCUUACGUACGCACAAAUGCCGUUUUACUUGCACAGACUCACAAAUACACAAGAUAUCACAGAAUUAAUCAGUAAUGUUCGAGAAUUAUGCAAAAAGUUUGAAGAACGCGGUCUGCCAAAUUUUCCAUCCGGUAUACCGUUUCUCUUCUGGGAACAGUACAUGGAUUUGAGGGUGUCUACGGCUAUCGCUGUCCUGGCCGCGUUGACUGUGAGCAUCUUCGUUGUCGCACUGCUUGUGUUGAAUAUGUGGGCUGCCGUACUGGUUGGUGCCUCUCUCUUUUGUGUUAUCAUGCAAUUAUUAGGGAUUAUGAGCGUGUUCGGGAUCAAAUUGAGUGCGGUACCUGCCGUCCUGUUAGUGGUUAGCGUGGGCAUAGCUGUUCAUUUUAUGGUACACAUUUGUUUGAGUUUCGUCACCAGUGUAGGCAGCAGAGAUCGCAGGAUGCGCCUAGCUCUGGAACAUAUGUUUGCUCCAGUUGUUCAUAGUGCGUUCACGACACUACUGUCCGUGGUGAUGCUUGCCUUCUCGGAAUUCAAUUUCAUAGUCAAUUAUUUUUUCUUCGUGUUAUUCUGCGUUGUCGGCAUCAGUCUUGUAAAUGGUGUUUUCUUUUUCCCUAUUUUGUUGUCCCUGAUUGGUCCGUCGGCGGAAGUAAUUCCGAACGAUCAUCCAGAUCGUAUAGCCACACCAACGCCGCCGGCGUCCCCCAUCGUGAGAAGAUCUAAGCCACCCACACCACCGAGGAGAUCUCACAAAAUUGACAACGUCCGGUUGCAUGCCGAACCAUCGCUGACAACCAUCAGCGAAGAGCCCAACUCGUGGCACAGCACGCAAGAGUCCUGUAUUAUUGUCCACCCGGAACUCAAGGUGGAGACCACGUCUACAUGUGGUAAUCAGAACUGUAGCGGAUCGGAUACGAGUGGAUCUAGUCGAACAUCGCCGAUUCCGCCCACGCCACACAUCACCACUAAAGUCACCGCAACGGCAAACAUCAAAGUCGAAGUUCACACACCAUUAACUGGUGGAAUGGAUCGUGAAAAAUGCCGGCACUCGGGCAGCAAUAGUCGAAGGAGCUCGCGCUGCAGUACGAACGUUAAUACUGGGGAGACUUCCAGUUCCAGUUCUGAGCCAGAUUCAGACUCUAACGCAAAACACUAAUAACAAGUACCGGGGAGACCGGCAGAUACUGCUCAAGUACCACGUAAAGCGGGAAAAUACAGAAGGCUGACUAGGAUAGAUUAAUAGUUUCCAUUAUCUCUUCCUGUUUUCCUCCUCUUUCCCCUUCUCUCAUCCUUACUCAGUUCCUAUCUUUUGUUCUACUUUUUUUUUCCUUAAGUGAGUAAUGCAACACGAGUUGUUCUUACUCGGACUUUAAAGACAAGAGUAUUAUAACGAAUCGCAUCUUUAUAAUAUAUAUAGGUACAUAAAUACUUUUGGAAACAAUUUUGUUGCAUAUUUAAUACUUUGCGUUUUGUACAUCAAAUUUUUUAAAAGUUUUAAAUAGUAAAAAGAGAAAAUAAAUUUUCUCUUUGUAAGGACCAACAAUGUAUUGGGAUAAUUUGUUAUUAAAAAUGAACUAUAUAUUUACAAUUUCGCGUAUAAUAAUAUACGUGAAUUAUUGCGACGUUUUAAAUUGUUAAACUUCUUCAACCAAGAAUUUUUUGUUGAAAUGAUAUAGAAGCAAAAAAAAAUACUAUUCGAUUUCAACGGUAUAUUGAAUGUAUGUAAUAGUACCAAGGACAAUAAUGCGUACAACUUAAUAAAUCAAUAUAUUAGAUUAUUUUAGAUAAAUAUUAUCUAAAAUAAAUAUUUUAGAUAAAUUUAUUUAAUUAACGAUUUGCGGUGUCUCAAGAGUAAUUGUGUCAUGUAUUACUGAUAAGCACAUAAGGACUUGUAUUCUUUCGAGGUAGAGAAAGAGAAUACAUGCCAGUGUUCAUCGGAGACUGACACCAAUGAGUCUGUGUCGGUGAACGUAUUCGUAAUAUUUGCGUAAUACAUAACGGGAGAAAGCAUUUACUAUGUAUAUACAUAUUUGUUAUUUAAUUGGAAAGUUAAAGAUUUUUAGCUAUCACUAGAACGUGAUGUUUUUCAAAUGUAAUCGUGAAAUUUCGCGAAAAUGACGCUUUAUUGUAUGACAAAAGCGACAAAAUUUCCAGAUACUAUUUAUUUUUUUUUUUACAUUAAUGACGUGCAGUGUGUAUGUAUGUGACUACGAGCGACUACGAUACUGAAUCUCUGAGAUCUAUUUAUUAUUUAUUUUAAUAGUAUUCCUUCGGCGUUUUUGCGGGUGUAUGUGCGCGAGCGCAAUAUUUUGUAUGCACAAAUAUAUGAUGACUUGUAAAAAUAAUUAUUUAUAUCAGACUAUAUGAAUAUACUUUUAGUGCCUUCGACAAUAACGGUACUUAAUUUAAUGGAAUAUAUAUUCCUAUUCUAAUAUUCAUACCUCUGUGUAUAAAAUUGUAAUAUAUAGUGUCACAGUGAGAUCAAUAAUCAUUGUGAUACGCAUUGUUACGAAAUAUGUUACUCGUGAAAUUAUGUACAAUAUAAACGAGUAUUUCUUAUGUCAAGUCAAUCAUUUUGUAUACAUAUGCGAGAUUUGAUGUGUGUAUUUAAAGUGACGAAAAGCGUCGCGCGAGACGUUUACAUUUGUAUAAAGUACAUGUUGUAUAAGCGGAUGGGAAAAAUAGUCAAUAUACCUCUAAUAUACGUAUAAAUUGUACCAUGCCUCUUUUAUUUUGCAAAUUUCAUCGUAAGAAUUUAAUUAUUUUUUAUGUAAAGAAGCGGCUACUUGUAUUUUUUAUUUUAUAUUUAAUUAAUAUAACCCCAUUUUUGUAAAUAUAAAUAUUGUAAUAAAAAAACAUUGCUACUUUUAUUGCUAUUAUGAUAUCGGCAAUCGUAAAUAAAGAUUGAGAUACAAAA